CGCGGCGGCUGCUGAUCCAGGUGACGUCCCCGCUGUCCCCCGGGCGCCGUUCCCGCCUGGCGCGCGCCCUCAGGGACGCCAUGACGGAGCAGCUGUACCCGGAGCCCCUGGGGACGUUCGAUGUCCCCUCCAGCCCCGUCCCUGUCACCACCAUCGACGUCCUGGGCAGGGGACAGAGCGCCCUCAGGGAGGCGGACGCGGAACUGGGCCUGGCCUUUGACCCCUGGGACCUGGAGUUCUACACCGGAUUGUUCCAGAAAGCCGCCAGGAACCCGACCUCGGUGGAGCUGUUCGACCUGGCACAGAGCAACAGCGAGCACAGCCGCCAUUGGUUCUUCAAGGGUCACCUGAGCAUCGAUGGCCGCGCGGUGCCGGGGUCGCUGUUCCAGCGGCUGAUGGACACGCAGAGAACGUCCGGUGACAACAACGUCAUCAAAUUCUGUGACAACAGCAGUGCCAUCCGGGGUGUCCCCGUGGCCGCGCUGUGGCCGCAGGACCCGGCCGGGCCGAGCGCCCUGGAGAGGAGAACGAGCGUCCGGCACGUCACCUUCACCGCAGAGACACACAACUUCCCCACAGCCGUGGCCCCGUUCUCCGGAGCCACCACGGGCACCGGGGGUCGGAUCCGGGACGUUCAGAGCACGGGGAGGGGAGCGCACGUCAUCGCGGGGACGGCGGGCUACUGCUUCGGGAACCUGCUCAUCCCAGGCUACGAGCAGCCCUGGGAGGACCCUCAGGCCCCGUACCCAGAAUCCUUUGCGCGCCCACUCGAGGUCGCCAUCGGCGCCAGCGACGGCGCCAGCGACUACGGCAACAAAUUCGGGGAGCCCCUGCUGGCAGGUUUUGCUCGCUCCUUUGGGCAGGUUCUGCCCGAUGGGCAGCGCAGGGAAUGGAUCAAACCCAUCAUGUUCAGCGGGGGCCUCGGGGCGCUGGAGGACGAGCACGUCAGGAAAGAGAGUCCUGAGAAAGGGAUGCUGGUGGUGAAGCUGGGGGGUCCCGUCUACAGGAUCGGCGUGGGGGGAGGGGCGGCCUCGUCCAUCCAGGUGCAGGGUGACAACGAGGCCGAGCGGGACCUGGGGGCCGUGCAGAGAGGGGACCCCGAGAUGGAGCAAAAACUGAACCGGGUCCUGCGGGGGUGUGCCGAGAGCGGGGACAGAAAUCCUGUCAGCUCCAUCCACGACCAGGGGGCUGGGGGCAACGGCAAUGUCCUGAAGGAGAUUUCGGAGCCAGCCGGGGCCGUCAUCUACGCCAGCCGCUUCCAGCUGGGUGACCCCUCUGUGAGCAUCCUGGAGCUGUGGGGAGCCGAGUACCAGGAGUCGAACGCGCUGCUGGUGCGGCCGGAGGCGCUGGGGCUGCUGAGGCGGCUGUGCCAGAGGGAGCGGUGUCCCCUCAGCGUGGUGGGGACAAUCACCGGGGACGGGAAGAUCGUGCUGGUGGAUGACCUGGCGGCGCCGGUGCCCGAGGGGGGGUCCCACCAGGGGCUCCCCACCCCCGUCAACCUGGAGCUGGAGUGGGUGCUGGGAAAGAUGCCCCAGAAGGAGUUCCAGCUGUCGCUGUCCCCUCUCCCCCGGCGCCCCCUGAGCCUCCCCCCGGGGCUCUCGGUGCGGGCGGCGCUCGAGCGGCUCCUGCGGCUGCCGGCCGUGGCCAGCAAGAGGUACCUGACCAACAAGGUGGACCGCUCGGUGACAGGCCUGGUGGCGCAGCAGCAGUGCGUCGGUCCCCUGCACACGCCGCUGGCCGACGUGGCCGUGGUGGCCCUGUCCCACUUUGGGGACACCGGCGCGGCCACGGCCAUCGGGGAGCAGCCGCUCAAGGGGCUCCUGGACCCCGCGGCCGGAGCGCGGCUGGCGCUGGCUGAGGCUGUCACCAACCUGGUGUGGGCGCGGGUGACACAGCUGGAGGACGUGAAGUGCUCCGGGAACUGGAUGUGGGCGGCCAAGUCGGGCUCGGAGGGCGGGGCGCUGGUGGCCGCGUGUGACGCCCUGGUGGCCGCCAUGGGGACGUUGGGCGUGGCCAUCGACGGCGGCAAGGACUCGCUGAGCAUGGCGGCCCGAGUGGGGAGGGACACCGUGAUGGCACCUGGCUCCCUGGUGAUCUCGGCCUACGCCGUGUGCCCCGAUGUCACCGCCACCGUCACCCCCGACCUCAAGUGUCCCGACGAGCGCGGGUCCCUGCUGUGGGUGCCGCUGACCCCCGGCCGGCACCGCCUGGGGGGCUCGGCCCUGGCCCAGGUGUUUUCCCAGCUGGGCCAGGAGCCCCCGGACCUGGACGAGCCCGAGCGGCUCCGGGCGGCGUUCGGGGUCACCCAGGAGCUCAUCAAAGAACGUGUUGUCACCGCGGGCCAUGACGUCAGCGACGGGGGGCUCCUGGGCUGUCUCCUGGAGAUGGCCAUCGCCGGCAACUGCGGUGUCACCGUCACCGUCCCCGCGCCGCCGCCCGGCGUCACCCCGCUGGCCCUGCUCUUUGCCGAGGAGCCGGGGCUGCUGCUCGAGGUCCCCGCGCUGGCGGCUGUCACCGUGCGGCGCCGCUACCAGGACAGCGGUGUCACCUGUGUCCCCAUCGGCCACAGCGGCCCCUACGGCCCCCGCGCCCUGGUGACAGUGUCGGUGGGUGGCCAGGAGGUGCUGGCAGAGCCCCUUGGGGACAUCAGGGGACUCUGGGAGCAGACGAGUUUCCAGCUGGAGCGGCUGCAGGCGGCCCCGGCCUGCGUGGAGCAGGAGGAGUCGGAGCUGGGGACGCGCUGGGGACCCGAGUACAGCGUGACCUUUGACCUGCGGGGACAGCCACACGCGGGGCUGGGCUCGGCGGCGCCGCGCGUGGCCGUGCUCAGGGAGGAGGGCAGCAACGGCGACCGCGAGAUGGCGGCGGCGUUCAGCAUGGCCGGCUUCCAG